ACCAGUUCUACAAUGCACUUGAGUUGAAGGAAACAAAACAACCCCUUUUUUGCAAUAGCCCUUGAAACUGAACAAAAUUACAAAUUUGCCACCAACUUGACCCGAAUUCAGUUUUUAACUCUCCAUAGCUUCAUGGGUCAAGUUUUAUGACCCGAAAUCUGUUUCGGGCUUUGUUCUUCUUUCUUUCUUCUACUCUACGAUUCUCCUUGACUCUGCGUCACUUCUUCAGACUGCGAGAUUUUGAUUUUCCAUUGACACGAGAAAUGGCAGGGAAAAGCAGUGGAAAGAAGGGAGGGAGAAGAGGGAGAGCGUGUGUGGUGGUUUUGGGCGACAUUGGACGUAGUCCUCGAAUGCAGUACCACGCUGUUUCACUCGCCAAUCAGGCUUCCCUGGAGGUUGACAUUGUUGCAUAUGGAGGUUCAGAGCCCCAUACUGCACUUCUUGCCAACCCAUCUAUUCAUAUUCACUUAAUGCAGUGGUUAUCAAGCAGUCAAAGCUUACCGAAGAUACUUCGACCCAUAAUGCUUUUGUUGAAGCCAUUGGUUCAAUUUUUGAUGCUUCUUUGGUUCCUUUGUGUAAAAAUACCAUCGCCUGAUAUUUUUCUUGUCCAGAAUCCUCCUUCAGUUCCGACCUUGGUGGCAGUAAAAUGGGCUAGUUGGUUGAGAAAUUCAUCUUUUAUUAUAGAUUGGCAUAAUUUUGGGUAUACUCUACUUGCACUGUCAUUGGGAAGAAAUAGUCAUUUUGUCUCCUUAUAUAAAUGGUUUGAGCAGCAUUAUGGAAAAAUGGCAGAUGCUUCUCUCUGUGUAACAAAAGCAAUGCAGCAUGAAUUGGCUCAAAACUGGGGAAUUAAUGCUACAGUUUUAUAUGAUCAGCCUCCUGAUAUCUUUCAUCCAGCUUCACUGGAGGAGAGGCAUGAGUUGUUUUGCAGAUUAAAUGAGGAUAUUUUUCAGCCACUUGGUGUCAGAGAUUGUGUUAGUAAUGGAACUUCAUUGAUUGCUAGUCAUCGCCAAAAUGAGUCUCUGUUUACAACUGAGGUUGGUUCAAACAUAUAUUUGAAUCCAAAUCGACCAGCACUUGUUGUAAGCAGUACAAGCUGGACUCCCGAUGAAGACUUUGGCAUUCUCUUGGAAGCUGCUGUAAUGUAUGAUAGACGUGUUGCUGCCAUAUUAGGUGAAGAUGAUUCGCUAGAUGAGGAGGUCAUAUGGAAGGGAAUAUCUGAUGGAAAACAAUGUUUAUAUCCCAGAUUGUUAUUCAUCAUAACUGGCAAAGGUCCAGAAAAAGAGAAGUACGAGUCAAAAAUAAAGAGAUUGAAACUUAAACGUGUGACAUUUCGUACCAUGUGGCUGUCUGCUGAUGAUUAUCCAUUACUGCUAGGAUCAGCUGAUCUAGGUGUUUGUCUGCAUACUUCGUCAUCAGGAUUAGACCUUCCAAUGAAGGUUGUGGAUAUGUUUGGCUGUGGACUACCUGUUUGUGCUGUUUCAUACUCUUGCAUUAAAGAACUGGUUAGAGUUGACAAAAAUGGUCUUCUCUUCUCUUCUUCAUCAGAGCUAGCUGACGAACUUCUGCUUCUCUUCAAGGGAUUUCCUGAUGACUGUGAUGCUUUGAAGGUCCUCAAAUAUGGUGCAUUAGAAACUGGUUCUUCAGCAAGGUGGGCUACUGAAUGGGAAGAACAUGCCAAGCCACUGAUAACUGAGGUUAUAUCAAGAUUUUGACACUGUUGGUUCUUAGAAGGCAUCUUUAACUGCUCUAACAGCAAAUUGGAUCGAUCUGUUGGCCUUAUCCAGUGGAGAGUUGACUAGUACCAUGUGCUGAUUGCAUGCAUAUUUGAAGUUUUGACAAUUUCCAAGUCAGAGUUACCUUGUACAGAAUAGGUAUGCGGCAGGGUUUCCAACAUCUGUCGUCUUGUGUAUGAAGUUGCAAAUAGAUAUUCUCUGUAAAAAUUGGCUUUAUGUGAUUUAGAAUUUCAUUUUCUUUGACAUGGCUUGAUUCUUGGUCCAUGUUUCAACGAGAGUGAGGUUAUUAUUAUGCUAAA